AUGAAUUUAUCAAACAAAACAGACGCAACAGCUUUAGUGUAGUUGCUUAGAAAUGCUGCAUUUUUAGACCAUCAAGACAUAUCCUCAAAGCUGCUUGAGUAUCUAAGACAUAAACUCUCAAAUGCUUCAAAUGAGGAAUUAUCAUAUGUUUUCACUUCCUUGGUAUUGCUAAGAUCAGUUGACGCUAAAUUUUUCAAGCAUCUUGAAAUCCUGACUCUGAGAAGAGCUCAUAGUUUGGAACCAUCAAUCAUUGGUAAGGUCAUAAGCAGCUAUGCUUACUUAUGCAAUCAAAAGAAAAUUUCAUUGAGUACCAGUUUCAUUAAGACCUUCGAGUAUCUGAUAAUGAAUAAGUUAGCAGAAUUGAGUCCUAAUGAAAAAAUCAUGACAUUAAUUGCUUUCUUAAAACUGCAGAGAUUAACAUAGCAGACUAAAGCCAUAUCUAACAAGAUGUUACUAGAUUUAAUUGAUCAAAUAGAUGAAGAUAUCAAAGAUGAAAAGACAGAGAUUAAAGUAUCUAAUUUAGCUGAAAUGUAUUACUAACUACUUAGCCAUAAUAUACUUAGAUCAGAGAUUAAUGCUUAAAAUAUUGAAGACAGAUUGAAAAACAUUAACAAAUUCAAGCCAAAAGAUGUCUUUGAUAUCCUGACGGUGACUCAAAAUGACAGUCUCAUUGAACAUCUGAUGAAGUUUCUAGAAUUAAAUAUCAAUGAAUUUAUGCCAGAGGAAAUCAUCAUCCUAAUAAACAUAUCUAGUAAACUGACUUCAAUUAAGCCAGAAAUAGUGCCUAUGAUUGAAUCCUAUGUAAAUAGUAAUCUAGGAGAUAUGGCUAAUGAAGAACUAGCUAAGUUGUAUUGUACUAUUCACAAUAAAAUAGGAGAUCUACUGACAAAGGAUUUUAAGUUUAAGAUAUAGAAACUUAUAGAUGAAUUAUUUCCAAAAGCAUAGGCUAAAUCAUUACCCUAUUUAUUACCUUUAGUUAAGGACUAGUUCAAUAAUAAAGAAAUAAGGGAGAGUGUAUAGAAAAUUUUGAGAUAAAAAGAUUUUUCUGGUUAGACUUAUAUUAUGAUUCUAGGGUAAUUAGUAGAACAACAAUAAGAUAAAUUAAAUGAAGAUCUAGAAUUCUGGGUCAAUAUAAUGCAAUAUGUUCCUUUAAUCGGUAUUAACUCAUUUGAUAGUUAUUUGAAAUUAAAAUCAAGCAUAACAUUCUUAGAUGAAAAUAUAUAAGAACUUGAUUUCAAAGAUCUCUUAAAUUUCUUAGAAGAGAGAUAUGAAAAACCUUUCGAAAAAUUAGAGAAUAAAGACGAGGAGAUUAAAUAGAUUGAUUAAUGA